AUGCGUUUCGCUGCUGCCGCUUCUAUCUUGGCCCUGGCCAGCACUGUCCUCGCUGCCAACCCAUGGAAGAACAUGGGAGGUGACUUUGCCAUCAUCGGACCCUCGUUCAACGCCUCCGUCAAGGCCGGCGACACCAUCCCCUUCGAGUACGCGUUCUAUACCUUAAAGAUGGUCGGCAACAACACUAAUACCAACACCACCACCCCUACCCUCAACACCGGCACCGUCACGUUGACCUCUUUGGCGUGGGUUGGCGCAACUGGCAACACGACUGUGGAGAUCGCAUGGGACAAUAACCGCAACACUGGCUAUGCUGCCGUCUGCCAGCCCGCGGAUGUUUGCACAGGCAACUACUACCCUAAGCGUGCUGAGCUCACUAUCCCCGCCGACUCUUACCCCUCCAAUUACAGUCUUGUCAUCGGAUACACGUUGAAGCUAGUUCAGGAUACAAAGUUAACCUACAAGUUCCCCAUCAACGUCGUCGCUGCCUCGGCCAACGUGACCUCGCCCGUUGCCACCAUCGCUGCUGCCCCCGUUGUCAAGGCCACCCUCCCCGUCUAUGCCGCUCCUUCAUCGAGUGGCCUGGCCAACAAGGCCUCCACGGCCGUCAUUGGCGCCACCAUGGUCCUCGCCUCAGCUAUGCUCUUGCUUUAA